AUGGCUACUGCAGCUGUUCUCUUAAUCGCUUCGUUGUGCUUUGUCAACAGCAUCGCUUCCGAAAAAUUGGUCUUGGAUGACCUCGGUGCGCCCAACUACCACUGCGAUGCAACGUUGAUGAAGCCAAGCAAAAAGAUCCCUACAAAUGUCAAUUCUGUGCGACCUGCUGACAUCAAAGUUGUCAUGGCAUUGGGAGAUUCAUUGACAGCUGCGAAUGGAGCCGGAGCUGAAGAUCCGCUAGCUGUUGUCUUACAAUACAGAGGUCUAGCCUUCCAGGCUGGCGGCGACAAAACUCUGGACGAACAUGUCACAAUUCCUAAUGUGCUGAAGGCGUACAAUCCGAAGCUGUUCGGCUACUCCAAUGGAAUAGGAUCUCCAAAUGUUUGGGAAAUAGCCAGAUUGAAUGUCGCAAUGCCUGGAGCUGAAGCACACGAUCUUCCUGGCCAAGCGCAGCAAUUAGUCGGUCUGCUUCAAGCACAUCCAGAAACAUGGAUCUCAAUCUGGGCUUUGUGCGUUUUGUUGGAACGGUAG